AUGGAGCAUGGAUCUAAUCUCGCCUUGUUGGAGAUCCGGGGGACUGGUGAUUACUCUCGCGGCGACGGGGCAUUUUGCAGACCUAGAACUGCCGGAUUGAAGACUCCCGCUAUGAAGAGAAAACCAGCUUGUGAUGGAUGCUACAAGAGAAAGAUUCAGUGUGAUUCUCCGGAUCCAGGGGUCGUGCCGUGUAACUGGUGUCUUCAUCAUGAUCUUUCCUGCACCCUCCAGAGGGUGAGGGGACAGACAAGCGCAGUAUUGGAGCUUCACGACCCCUGCAGCCUGCUACGGCAACUCAGCCUCCCAAGAUUGUUUCCUCUUCUUCCUCUAUCAGAGCAACCAGUGAGGCGCCUCACCAUACUUCCACAACGCCUUCAGGAACACCGUUUUGUGAUGGUGCUGUCAAUGAUCCUCCAUCUUCCUCAGAUAGGACGCGAGCUGAGUAUUUUCUGUGCGCAUCUCCUGCUUGCGCCCAAGCUGAUGGACAAAACUAACGUGCCGCUCUCUGAUUUAUUUAGGCCUAUCCAUUUUGAUGGGGUUUACAUAGGGAAAGCCACCCCGGGGAACCGUGCGAUCGAUUUAUCUGAGGAUGGACGUAAAUGGAUCCAAUCUCACACUGGCGAGUCUGUGUCGUCUAUUCUGUUUGAAACAACAGAUGAAAUCCCACGACCAUCCUUGCUCCAUGACGAUGCCAACAGCAUGUCGAUAAACCUUGAGAAGCCGCUCCCCCCUAGAGACAUGGUGGAAGGGAUUCUCGGGGUCUUUGCUUCCUCGGCUGGGCCCUUGAUAUUCCCUAUGAUCGAUCCGAUUCUUUUUAAUGAGACCUUGGACUUGGCAUACCAAGCUCCGGGAACGACAUCAGAGCAUGUAAGAUGGGGUGCACAGGCUUGUGUGUGGGCGUUCGUUGCCCUUCUCUAUCUUUUCAGAGAUCGUCUUGGGAUCCAGCCACCCGUAGAUGGUGAUAUGUGUGCCGACACUGCUCAGAGUUUAUUGAUGACCACAUGUAAAGACGUCACCCUUGCGACACUUCAAACUAGUCUUCUGCUGCACUUAUAUCGAAUUUCUUCAUCGCGCUUGAAAGAUGUUUUAAUCCUAGGAUCAAUCGCGUGCCGCUCGGUGUAUGCUCUUGGUGCACAUAAAUAUCAUAAAAUUGGUCCGGAUACACCAGCGAUCGCCAUUCAAGAUCGAUAUCACCGCCAGCUACGCAUUUUAUUCUGGGUAUCGUUUAUUUUUGACAAGGAUACAUCAAUACGCACAGGAAAUCCGCCAAAAUUGACCAACGACGAUUGUGACCUUACCAUGCCAGACAAUUAUGAGAGUGUAUACUCUGUGUUGCCAGACUUAGAGGUUGACUUGAGGUCGCAGCCUUGGAACAAAGGGAGAUUAGUACCACAUUACACUAGCGACCCUCAGCUUAGCUGCCUCAAAUAUCGGGUUUAUAAAUCACUUUAUUCUCCCGAUAGAUCAACAAAGUCCGAUACCCAGCUACUACAUGAUAUGAGAGUUUUGGACGAUGAGAUCGAGACGUGGAGGAUGUCGUUACCCGAACGUUUCCGACCAGCACUCUUAAUUUCAGAAAACAGAAACCAGCAUAUUACCGGAGAGAUGAAGUUACUCGGAAAUAUGCGGCAUGUUCAUCUGCAGUUGGAAUACCAUCACCUGAUGUCAUUGAUUCAUCGUGCAAGUGAAAGAUACCCAAAGAAUGCCUCCUUAGGGUCGUCUUCAUCUGAAAGUUCUCCAAGUCAUACUGCUGUGAAGACAAGUAGAGACAUCUCGGUCGGAGCAAGUCGGUCUACAUUGUUUUACUUGAAGGCUGCCGUCAAAAGUCUAGCGGAGGAAUCAUUCUGGGCAUUAAUGAUAUACCCUUCAAGCGCCGUAAUGACCAUCUUCUUUAAUAUUUUGAGACACCCUCUCGAUCCACAGACUAAAUUAGAUCUUGAGAUGCUCAAAGCAGCGACCCUUUCCUUUACCCAAUUUCAUUCGAGAAGUCUGAUGAGGAGGGGCAAUAAGAAUGAUUUGGUCAUGCAUGGCGCUGCAGCCGAGAUGAUACGGCUUGCGGAGUGCGCAGUGGCAAAGGCAGAGAGAGAAAAUGGAAACCAAAACUUAGAUUUAUGGCCCUAA